AUGGCCUGCAGAGCCGACACUGAGAUAAAACCUCAGAGCUUUAAAUUCACAGUUCUCUCUGAACAGAUUAACAAACUAGAAGAGGACAAAUCUGCUUCAUGUGUCUCUGUGCCUGAUCUAAUACCUGAUGCUAUUCUUUCUGUAGAAGGAGAGAGUUUUUAUGUCAACCGUAAACAACUGGCCCUCCAGAGUCCCUACUUCAGGGCUCUUUUUUUUGGCUGUGGCCUAGAGAGCAGCAAAAGGAAAGUGGAGCUCCAAGGUGUGAGUCUUCAGUAUUUCAGGGUUUUGAUGGAAUACAGCAAGACAUCCAAACUAGCUCUGGACAGAAAAAAUGUUCUGGGGAUCCUUGAGACCGCAGACUUUUUACAAGUGGAGCGAGCCAGGCUGCUGUGCUGCAAGUUCUUGGAGCGUGAGCUACACCUAAGUAACUGUUUGGGAAUGAUGGCCUACGCCUGGCAGCUGGGCUGCACUCAGCUCUACACCACAGCUCGACAGGUGGUGCUAACACACUUCUCGGCUGUUGUUGCUGAAGAGGACUUCCUGUCCCUGCCUAAGGCAACCGUAGCAGAUCUUCUGGCCUGUGAUGACCUGGCCAUCCAUAAAGAUGAUGUUGCCUUGGACGCCACCCUACGCUGGGUGUCAUUUGACCCUAAACGAGAGGAACAUUUUCUGGAGCUCAUUCAGCUGGUGAGGCCUGAGUCGCUCUCUUUACCAUUUAUCACUGAUCUUUUAACCAAAAUGAAAAGCUGUGACCCUAGAGCCAAGCUCAUCUGCAUGCUGAAUGAACAUUUCCCGGCAUCUUGGUCAAUGGGGAGGUCGAUGACGAGGACCAGGGCCAGAGACACUCUCUUUGUCCUAGGUGGACCUCACGAUCAGGAGCAGCAGUCACUUUACCAGUUUCACCCACUCAGUGGUAGAUGGCAGCACUGUCCACCUUUGCAGAGGAAGAACCUCACACAGUACUCGGUAGCUGCCGUAGGAGACAAUGUGGUUGUGACUGGCGGCUACUUCCGGGAUGUGCUGUGGUUUAGUGUGGACUGGGUCAGGAUAUAUGAAUGUGGGAACCAGCGCUGGGUGGAUGGGCCGGCCCUGCAGAAGUCCAGGCACAGCCACUGCUCCAUAGGGCUGGACUCUGUACUGUAUGUCCUGGGGGGCAGCAUGGAUGAAGGACUUGUGGACGAUGUGGAAAGGCUGGUCCUGGGGUCGGAGGAGGGUUGGGAGGGGGUCAGCCCAAUGGUUAGGGCUGUGGAGAGGGCAGCCACUGCUGCUCUGGGGUCGUGUAUCUAUGUGGCGUGUGGCCUGGAUGAAAACGGGGAAGUGUACGGUGGAAUUCAGAGGUACACGGUGAAGGAGGAUCAGUGGGAUGUGGUCUCCUAUUCUCUAUUUCCACGAUAUGACUUAGUUGCUACAGAACUCAACGGCGCCCUCUACCUGUUUGGAGGCAAAGCUUUGCGUUUUGACGUAGAGACAGAGGAGUGGACUGUGCUGGAGGAGGAAUGUCUGGACAGGAAGUUCUUCUGUGGCUGCACAACAGUGAACGGCCAGAUAUAUUUGGUCAGCGAGAGGAAGAGAAACAAAGCAUUCCCAAACAUGGUGGUGAUGGAUCCUUACAUAGACACUUACAUUGAGGUUGAUGAUGCCAUACCCUGCCCUGUGCCCCUCAGAGGGUGCGUCACAAUGAGAAUGGUCGUGUGAUGUGACUCCAUGAAAAUGCAGUAAUCUCUUCCACAUAAAACUAUUUGUGGUUAUGUAUAUGUGUAUGUUAGAUGUGUCAAGCACUUCACAAGUAGAUUUCUAUGUAAGAGGUCAUGAUUUGGGUGAAGAAAUUAAGAAAUAAAA